GAAGUAAUCUUGAGGGCAAUAAUAUAAAUAAUACGUCAUGAUAACAAUUUCAAGCACUCUGAACGUGCCUGUCUUUAUGAUGCUGUCUUUGGUUCUGUCCCGGAGUUUCUGCCAGGUUGUAACGGAAGUCAACCGGAGGUCCUGUCCGACUUUAGCUUCCUUUAUUCGGUCUUUCUCCACCUCAGGGUCGACAUGUUGCAGCGGCAAACAGGAGGAAGUACCUGAAGUAAUAGUCGACGAAGCCUCAGUGGUGACCCUUCCCCAGCUGAAGACCAUGCUGGCAAACCAUAGCAUCCAGCUUUUUGAUGUGAGAAGACCGGAUGAGUAUGCAGCUGGUCGUAUUCCUCAGGCUGUCAACAUCCCAUUGGACACCCUGGAGGAGUCUUUGCAGCUGGCUCCUGCUCACUUUCUGCAGAAGUAUGAGGUGAAGGCGCCGAGAAAAGAGGACGACAACAUUGUGUUUCAUUGCAGAACAGGAGUCCGGAGCUCCAAGGCGCUGCUCAUCGCUCGUCGGCUGGGAUUUCACAAGGCAAGACAUUAUAAAGGAGGAUACGUCGAGUGGUCUGAGCAGGAAGGACAAUAAAUCCAAUCGGGAAUCUUUUUUUUUUUAAAUAUUCAAAACUUGAGAAUUCACUGAAAACGACUGCUGAAUUUUGUUGGGAAAUGUUUCAUGUUAAUAUAUAGUGCCUGGAUUUUGUUGAUUUUUUAAAUGUCUU